AUGGCAGGUGGUGGAGGCGAUGAGCUGAAGCUUCUGAGCACCUGGUUCAGCCCGUUCGGGUCCAGGGUGAAGCUCGCGCUCCACCUCAAGGGCCUGCGCUACGAGUACGUGGAGGAGGACCUCACGAACAAGAGCCGGCUCCUCCUCGAGAGCAACCCCGUGCACAAGAAGGUGCCCGUGCUCUUCCACGGCGGCAAGGCGCUCUGCGAGUCCAUGGUCAUCGUGGACUACAUCGAGGAGGCCUUUCCUGAUGCCGGGACGCCGCUCCUCCCCGCCUACCCCUACGAACGCGCCGUCGCUCGCUUCUGGGUCGCCUUCAUCGAGAACAAGGUCUUGCAUUGCAUUCAUCUACUGUUUGGAUCGAUACAUGCACAUUUCGUGGCGCCGUGGAGCCAGCUCUUCGAAGGAGCCAAGUCUCGCAGCGAGAAGGCCGAAGGGUUGAAGCAGAUUCUCGAGGCGAGGAUGGCCAUGGAGGGCGCGCUGGAGGAGUGCGCCGCGUCGAAGGGGAAGCCCUUCUUCGGCGGUGACGGCGUCGGGUGCGUCGACAUCGCGCUGGGCGGCCUGCUCGUGUGGGUGCGCGCAUCCGAGGUGCUGUUCGGCGUCAAGUUCUUCGACGCCGCCACGACCCCGCGCCUGUCGGCGUGGGCGGAGCGCUUCGCCGCGCUUGACGCGGCCAAGGCGGCCCUGCCAGACUUCGGCAGGGUGCUCGAGUACGCCAUGAGGGAAACUAUGGCAGGUGGAGGCGAUGAGCUGAAACUUCUGAGCACCUGGUUCAGCCCGUUCGGGUCCCGGGUGAAGCUCGCGCUCCACCUCAAGGGCCUGCGCUACGAGUACGUGGAGGAGGACCUCACGAACAAGAGCCAGCUCCUCCUCGAGAGCAACCCCGUGCACAAGAAGGUCCCCGUGCUCUUCCACGGCGGCAGGGCGCUCUGCGAGUCCGUGGUCAUCGUGGACUACAUCGAGGAGGCCUUCGCCGGCGCCGGACCGCCGCUCCUCCCCGCCGACCCCUACGAACGCGCCGUCGCUCGCUUUUGGGUCGCCUUCAUCGAGACCAAGCUGGUGGAGCCGUGGUUCCGGAUGCUCGACGGCACCAGGACGCGCGCGGAGAUGACGGAGGGGGUGAAGCAGAUGCUGGCGGCGGUGGCGGUCCUGGAGAGCGCGCUGGGGCACUGCGCCAAGGGGAGGCCCUUCUUCGGCGGCGACAGCGUCGGGUACGUGGACGUCGCACUGGGCGGCCUGCUCGUGUGGGUGCGCGCGUCCGAGGUACUGCUCGGCGUGAGGUUCCUCGACGCCGCCAGGACCCCGCUCCUCGCGGCCUGGGCCGAGCGCUUCGCCUCGCUCGGCGCGGCCAGGGCGGCCCUGCCGGACUUCGGCAGGGUGGUCGAGCACGCCAAGAUGCGGCGGGGCGCCGCGGCAGGCGCUUUGGCGGCGGACAAGAACUGAAUGCGUGCACGGUGCGUCGGCCGUCGACCGCAAGCUCGUGUUCUAUGGUGCGUGCGGUGUGUUAUUAAUAAGUACGGGUGAGGGAUGAUCGAUGUACACGUCUUCUGGCUUUCUACGCUUUCAUGUCAUGUGUUUUAGUAAUAAGAAUAUCGCAGGGGCUAUCCUUCGCAUGCGCGAAGAAUGGCUAAUCUUAUGGCGAUUGAUUCUAGCCAUCGAAUCGUCAUCCGACGGCUCACGAGAAGUCAUGAAGCUCCUGCGGCACGACCUGUUUACUCUUUC